AUGGAGGCGCAGGGACACGAAGACCCGGGGGGCGCGCUGCGGGAACUGGCAGAAAAUCUGUUUCAGGAACUUCAAGAACAUUUUCAAGCUCUGACUGCAACAUUAAACCUCAGAAAUAUCCUUUUCCAUCUGAUAGCAAAUACUGCAGUGCUUUGA